AUCUCCUGUGCAACAGCUCUUGAGUCACCCCACUUCCCUGUGCCUCAGUUUCCCUAAUCUGCAGAUGGGGCAAUUGCGGCACCGGGAUGGCGUGACUGGUCCUGCGGUGAGUCAUUCCUAAAGGGAACGGUAGCCGAAACUGUGCCGGGAGCCUUGCUGCUCCUGUUGUCUUCCCAAGCGCUCCUGUCCCGCUGUCCCCCGCAGCAGAAGCUCUAUAGCGCAGGCCUUGUGGUCACAACCAGGAGGUUGUUGGUGGCUGCCCGGUCCUGUUCCUGCUGCCCUCCUGGGGUGUCCCAGUAGCUCGAUGGGGUUCAGGUGCUGAGGUUUCCCUGCGUUCAUAGGUGGUGACUCAGCACAAGCGUGCUGGCAGGUCCCGAGCUCAGCAAGCAGGUCUGGCUCCAUCCCUCCCUCCCACAGCUGAUUACCCGUGAUGCACGCAUCCUCCUGAAGCCAGGGGCUUGUCUGGACCUGACACCAUGCUGGCAGUGCAGGGAGCGUGCCGUGAGGGCUGUGCAGUGCCCUGGCCCAGGGUGUUAGUGGCUUCCUCCUCCUGUGCUCACUGCCACAACCCCUGGUGGCUGACCAGGGCUGGGGGAUGCCCUGGGGCUCCUUGCCCCGCAAGCGGAUAUGGGAUGUAGCUGUGCUGCCAGCAUGAGCUGGGCUGAUCCUAGUCCUUCCCUGUUUUCCUGCCUGCAGCUGUGGAGAGUUGAACUGAGCAGUAGACUAGGGCUGAUGUCCCCUUGAGGGGUGGCUAGUGUUUUGGGAUUGGUCUCAGUGUCCCUGGGCCAGCAUCCAGCCUUGGGGUCUGCCCCAAGCAGGUACAAAAGUCUAGGUGUCUCUAGGCAGGGUGGCAGCGGCUUGGGAUGUUGUGCUCUCCCUGCAGGCCUGGGCAUGGGACACAGGUGUCAUGGAUCCACCAAGCUCAAUCACUUGUCCUUUCCACAGCUGCCUCCACCCACUGAGUGCCCCACUUUCUGUGAGGUGCCUGUGUGGGGUGACCAUGCUGGGACACCAGUGAGCUGUGUUGGGUUUCUCACUCCUGGGACCCCUGGUACCUAAGGGCAAGGGUCUGAUGGUGAGGGGUGGCUGAAGCAAAACUGCUGCCUCUUCCCCAGAGACUUGUUCAAAAUGUCACAUGGAGGGAGAGGGAAAGGUGUGGGCUGUUUGAAUUAGCGAUGAGUCAGGCUGGCAAAGCCAGAUGGGGAGAGUGCGUGCCUGCGUGUUUGUGUGCGUAUAAGUAAUCUCUGGCUUUGUGCUUUUAUUAUGAUUAUUAUUUUUAUUUCCAGGGGAACGAUGAAUUUCUCCAACCAUCCUGUCCCACUGGAAAGGCUGGCUCUGCUGUCCUGUCCUCCCUAAGCAUCCUGGGAGCUGGACUGACGGUCCGCGGCUGUUUUGAGGUUCGGCUCUGAGAUCAGAGCACAAACCAGUUCUUCCUUGCCUUUCAUCAUCGCUGCACUAGGGCGGGAGCGAGGUCCGGCUCUGCUGCCGCUACCUUACAUGGAGGCGAGCACAGGGGAAGGUGCCUUGGCUCCUUCUCCAGGCAGAGCUGCUCCGUGUUCACUUCCCAAGGCCUGGGGCAGGGCACUCCUUCGGGCACACGAUGGAGCAUGGCGGUGGCAUGGACUGGCAUGGCUGGGAACCUCACCUGGGGGAGGAGGAGCGGCUGUAGUGGAAAAGGCAAUUAUGGUUAAUUUGUUGUUAAUAAAAAACACUCUCUUCCAAUCGCCUGGGCCAAGGCGUGCUCCCCGCUGGGGGAGAGAGCUCAGUCCUGUCCUCAGCAAAACCUGCCCUGCAAAGUGACGAGGACAGCAAGAAAACACCAUCAGCAACAUGGAGGAAAGGAGGGCUGGCGUGUAAUCCCUGCCUAUGGUACGUUUGCCCAUGGUCAGCUGAAAGCCCUUUGCCUGGCCAUACCUCCCCUUCCUUUCUCCCCUUGGUCACCUUCUUGGUUGACCAUGGGAGCCAUGGUGGUGGGUGAUGCAGGGGUCUCUAAUCCCCUCCUGCAAACCUUAAGGUGCAGCACCAUGGUUUUGGGGUGCAGCCGAACCGGCACAGUGAGGCAUGGAGAAACACCUCCCAGCAGUGAGGUGAGUCACGGCCGCAGCAGGCCUGGCACCAUGUAGUCACCUGCCAGCAGGAGCAGGGCCCCCGGGGGUUUUGUAGGUGGAGGAGGGUGAAGGAGUAGCUUGGGUGGGUUUCUAAGCUCUGUGUAUGGCACAGCUUGUGGGGAUCCCCCAUGCUACAGCCAACAGGUCCAACAGUGGUGGUCCAGGGUUGCAGAGAUGUGGGGAGAAGGGGGGUGUAGGCCUGGGAGGGUUCCUUGCGCAGGGCUUUACCCUGGGGUUACUGUGGUCCAUAGGGACAACAUGGUGCUGAAGGUGAGAUGCAGCCUGGGUGCUCCAGGGUGGGAGGGAUGCUUUGGGGGUGCUUGGAGGGCUGGACACAGACCUUUCCUCACCACAACACAAGGUGAGAUCUUGGCUCUCUACAGCCAAGGUGUCCCUGCUGAAGGAUGCUCCCAGGGCUGGCGUCCCCAUUCCCAAUGGGGCAGUGGUAAGUGUCUGAUCCCUGCCAUGAAGGGAAGGUCCAGCAGCCUGCCUCCGCUGCUUGGGGUGGGCCAGGUGCCGUGAUAACGGGGCUGUGGCUGUCACCGCACCUUUAGGAAACAUUUGGCUUCAGGCACCUGAACCCACGGGGAAGCGAUAACUCUCCGGCUCGCUCGCCCUGCCUGGACCCACACCUGCUGCUAUUGUGCCUUAGUCACACACCAAGCGUUUUUCCACUGCUGGGCCCCAGAUAACCUCCUCCCACCCCACUGGCCACAGUGUUUGCACUUGUCCUCCUCCGCUGGUGCCAGGCUGGGAGACACUCAUGCCUUGAGCCCUGGGCUGGAGGCACGCACACCUCUGGCCUGGGGCCACCUUUGGCUAUGCCUGGCAGCUGUGACAUGGGCAAAGGGCAUGAGGUGCAUCCUUCCCUGGGGUGGAAGGGGCCAGCACUGCUGUCCUGCCAUGGCUGAAUGUGGAGGGACAUCCCUCCCCGAGCUGCUCAGCAGCAGUGGGAACACCCAGGUUUGGCACCCUGUGCCUGCAGGAUGGCAGGAGGUGGGUGAUGGGUUGCAGGACAACAAUGCUGGCUGUUGCUGUCCCCUUACCUGGGAUGAAAAGGACUGGGCUUCCCAGCAUUGCUGGCUUUCGCUGACCUGCUGCAUUCCCUGGGUUCUCCCUGUGCUCUGUCAAGGCAGGACCCCAGUGCUUGGGGGAGGUACAGGCCAUGGCAUGUGUCCCCAUGCAGGACUUUCUGACCAGAGUCUCCAGCUGUGCCCCUUUGCCCCUUGAAGGCUCUGCAAACAGCCACUGCUGCCCAGAAACAACAUCUCUGUGUCCCUUUGAAGGCAGUGUUAAUUGCUCCACUGCUGAUCAGACCCACCUUGUAGGGGAUCACUUUGUAGGGACUCCACCUCCAAGCCAGCAAUUGAAAGAGAGGAAAGAAAGAUGUUGGAAACGAUUAGGAAUGGGCACAUUGAUGGGGGGAGGGCCUGGGUGGACAUGGCAGAGCUGAGAGCAACUGGACAGGACAGGAGAAACCCUGGAGCCGGAGGGAACGGACAGGACGGGGGCAGAGAAGGCCACUGAGCAGCAGGAGAGAUGGCGACGGGCGCAGACGUGCGGGACAUUCUGGAGCUGGGUGGUGUGGAGUCAGAGAACACGGGCACCAUCAACAAAAAGGAUAUCAUCAACUCGGAUAAGAAAAAAUCCAAGAAAUCUUCAGAGACAUUGACGUUUAAGAGGCCGGAAGGAAUGCACAGAGAAGUUUAUGCACUCCUCUACUCUGACAAAAAGGAUGCACCUCCGCUGCUGCCAAGUGAUACAACUCAGGGUUAUCGAACAGUCAAAGCAAAACUGGGAUCCAAGAAAGUCCGGCCUUGGAAGUGGAUGCCUUUCACCAACCCAGCAAGAAAAGAUGGAGCAAUGUUCUACCACUGGAGGAGAGCAGCAGAGGAAGGAAAGGACUACCCUUUUGCCAGGUUCAAUAAAGCAGUGCAGGUACCUGUCUACUCAGAGCAGGAAUACCAGAUGUAUCUCCAUGAUGAUGCGUGGACCAAAGCUGAGACAGACCACCUCUUUGACCUGGCUCGGCGUUUCGAUCUGCGCUUCGUAGUGAUUCACGACCGCUACGAUCACCAGCAGUUCAAGAAAAGAUCAGUGGAGGACCUGAAGGAACGAUACUAUCACAUCUGUGCCAAGCUGGCUAAUAUUCGUGCGGCUCCAGGCACGGACCUGAAAAUCCCAGUCUUUGAUGCUGGCCAUGAGAGGCGAAGGAAAGAACAACUGGAAAGGCUGUACAAUCGGACACCAGAGCAGGUGGCAGAAGAAGAAUACCUCAUCCAGGAGCUCCGCAAAAUCGAAACCAGGAAGAAAGAGAGGGAGAAGAGAACUCAAGACCUCCAGAAGCUCAUCACAGCUGCUGACACCACCACUGAGCAGAGGCGAGCCGAGCGCAAGGCUCCCAAGAAGAAGCUGCCACAGAAGAAGGAGACAGAAAAGCCUGCUGUUCCUGAGACUGCUGGCAUCAAGUUUCCUGACUUCAAAUCUGCAGGUGUCACACUACGAAGCCAGAGGAUGAAACUGCCAAGCUCGGUGGGACAGAAGAAGAUUAAAGCCCUGGAGCAGAUGCUGAUGGAACUCGGAGUAGAUCUCAACCCGAUGCCCACAGAGGAGAUUGUGCAGAUGUUCAACGAGCUGCGGAGCGACCUGGUGCUGCUGUAUGAGCUGAAGCAAGCCUUUGCCAACUGCGAAUAUGAGCUGCAGAUGUUACGGCACCGCUAUGAGGCCCUGGCCAAAGCUGGUAGUAUUGGCCCCCUCACUGCAGAAGGCGCCCAUCCAGAUGGCCAGGCGGGGCUCGGCAUCGAGGAGGUCAAGGGAGAUACCAAGGACCAGAUCAUUGAUGUAGUAGGAGCACCCCUGACCCCCAACUCGGUGAGAAGGAAGGUUGUGGGGGCAGAACAGGGAGCACUCAGGUCUCCGACGCAGAUGCCCUGACAAGCGCUGGGGAUGCUGCCCUGCUCUCCCUCCAGGCAUGCGCGUCCAAGGGAGCACAGCACGCCUGUUUACCCCAAGUCCCAGUGCUGCUCUCUGGGCUCGUCUCCUGUGCUGGACAGUGUUCUUGGUGCUACAGGUGGGGUUGGCAGGGCUUUCUACAUCCUGCAUGCAGGCAGAUGGCUUGACGUGGGUGCCACCGUGGACCAAAGCAGCAAGGCUUUGGGUGACGAGAGCUUGCCCUAGGGCAGCAGCAGUGAUUCCAUUACAGCUGCAGGCCUGAGGCAUUUUCCUUCUAGACACAGCUCCAUAAGGGUUUCUCAGAGGGAAGUGAGUGGGGAAAGCAGUCUUGAAAUGAUGAGCCAUGACUUGCCCAAGUAUCUGGCAUCAAGCAGUAGUUCUGCCUGAAGCAGGAGGCUUGGGAAGGAGAGAGGUGUUUGAAGAGCAAAGGGGUGUUUUUAUACCCUGCUUCCAGUGCUGUGAAAGGAAAGCCAGACCCUAGGGGUUCUUCCACUGCGAGCCCCGUGACAGUGUCCUGUGCAUGUACCUCUGCAGGAUGUGAAUUACCAGCCUCUCCUCCCUGCCUCCAUGAGGGCAGGCUGCCCAACCCCUCACCACUGCCUCAGGGCCAAGGGUAUGCCGGGGAUCAGCUGAGGUUGCUUUCCCCUCUGUGCAGUCCCCUGGCACAGCUGAGCUGAACUGCCUGACAAAAGCUGCCCGUCUUCACACAGUGGCAUCCCCGACGCCUCAGAUAUACUGCCCCUGGUAGUGGCACAGACCUUUACUUUCUAAACUGUAUAAUGUAUUGCAGGAUAUUGAGAACACCUAAUCGGCAGAGGUGACACCUUAGUCUGGACUUGAGUAAUGUCCUGUUUGAUUGUGACAAUAUGGAGUCAUAAGGAAGCGUUCCACUGAGACAGGUUCAUGUUUGCAAAGGAGUCUUCUGAAUUUUUUUUCUCCCCCUUACUGCUUUCAGUCUGAAAUCUUACCCCUCCCUGCGGUCCCGAGUGUCCUGGGUUGAAAACUUUUCGGGCUGAUUCACAACACACUUGCUCUCCCUUGAGACGUUGCUUGCUGGGAAGCUGGAAGAGGUGGUGGUGGUGGCCAUGGCUGCAGGAGGAGGGAGCCCACGUGUGUUUUUGACCACAUUGGUUCUCAGUGCCACCUUCUGGAAUUGGAAACAAAGGGGUGGGCCCAGGCAGCACAGAGAGGGUUAAACUGACCUGGUCUCUGACAUAUUUGAAAGAAAUAUAAUCAAGUUAAUUCACUGCAAGGCAAAUUCAGUACCUAAAGGGCCCCCAUGUUAAAUACAGCACUGACCUUUACCGGCUGAUUACACAAAGACGACACAAUUAGAUUAGUCCAAGACAAAAGGUCAAGCACAUUCACACUGUGACCAUUUUAUGCUACCUUUUGAGGGGGGGAAAAAUUACAUCCCAGCUGGAGGGGUGUCUUGGAGAGAAGUGGAAUGGUGCCGCUGUACCAUGUUCUGCCUGGCUCAGGUAUGUUUGGAGAGUCAAGCAGGGCCUGGCACUGUGCUUGCCCUGAACCCAGCCAAUGUGGCAGUGAGAGAGACAAGCAGCCUGUGACCCACAACCAGCUUUUCCAAGGAUGGGCUGACCUUGAGUGGAGGCCAUGUGUUGACGAUGCUCCCUGCCCUGCCCACAACCGGCAGGAGCCUUCCCAUGCCUCUCACUCAGCAUCAUGGCUAAAAUUGGUCUCCGGAAGAUAAAUGGCUUGGGGUCAGCUUUAAGGAGAGCUGGGGUAGGUGCUGGCUGGUGAGGUGUGUGGGUGUGUGUCCUGGGUUUGGGGUUAUCCCUGCACGAGGUAGGUGACACCUUGCCCUUCCUCUCACCAGGUUUAACCCUGCCACGCCAGCCUUGAGCUCCCCAGUUCAAGCGUGUUGCUUUGCCACUGAGCUGCUGGGGGCACUUGGGGGAAUCAUUUAAUCUCCCUGCUUCAAAUUCCUCUGGGUUGGAGAAGCCCUUUGUGCUGUCUAGCACUGCCCAUCCGUGGCACUCCACAUGUUGGAUUAAGCAUGGAUUAGUUUAGCCUCCAAACCAGCUGCUCCCCUGAAGCCAGAUUUGCUUCCCUAGAGAGAAGUAUCUUGCUCCAGAUGUUGGAGGGAGUGAGUAGCAAAGCUGGGAAUAGGACUAAGGAGUCCUGACUCCUGAGCCCUGCCUGGCAUGCCUGGAUUCCUUCCUAGGAAUUGGAACAGAUGGGCAAAGGCACAAUGGGGUGUUGAGAUACUGUUUGUGGCAACAUCUGGCUGCCUCCAUCCCCCUUGUCCAGCAGUGGGGAUGGAGGCAUCUCAGAAGGGUGUUAGGGGUGGUCCUGGCAGUGAGACCCUGCGGGGCAAUGGGAAGCUGGUUACCGGUCUACCUCACCGUGUCCACUGCAUCCCGGCUGCCCUGGCUGCCUGUCCACCCUCCCCGAGGCACUGCGCUCCCGUCGCUGACCAUUAAAGCCGAGCUGGGAUCCCCCCAGUGCCGUCUGCUGCUGACCCUGGUAGGGGCUUUACUCGGGGCCUUUGGGAGGUGAAAGGUGAGCCGAACUCAGAACAAAUUAGUUCCAAGCAGAAGUUCAGCCAGUUACUCCAGAUUGGAUCCUUUGAUUUCCGCAACUCAGACUCCACUCAGUGAUCUGUAAUGAGUGACUCUCAGAAAUCCUCACAUUGCAGCACUUUGUUCCUGAGCUCACAAGUCAGCCCAUUAAUGGGUAAAGGAAAGGACCUUGAGUCUAAGAAGUCUCGGGUUCAGAGUCAGAAUUAUUUGACUUUUAAGCUUCCUUUAUCUGAACUCCUGCUGACUUCUUGUUUUCUGAGCCUGUUUGAAAGCUAGAAGUUACAUUGUUAAGAUCAAACAUUCUCUCUUUCCAGAUGGAGUUACAAUAUCUGUCUUUUAUAUAUAUAUUUUAAUAUAUAUAGUGUAUAUAUACCAGGGUGUAUAUAUAGACCUCUCCUUUUUUUUUUAAUCGUUCUUUCCAUUAAAAGAAACUAGACUUGUAAGCUCUUGUAAAUUAUAAUGUAAAACAUUUUUUUUAACCAGACAGUUCCCAAUUUUGCCCAAGGCAACUGGAAUAGCUGCGCCACAGAAGGCAAUAGGAAGGUGAUUAAUAUGAAUUUGUGACAUAUUUGAAAGAUGGGUCUUUUGCCAUAUAAAGAUUAUCAAACACA